UUCUAAAUCAGAAAACAACAUUGAAUCUGUUAAUAAACCAAUACCUACAAGCAAGAUAGAUCUAACAGCCGCAACAAUUACAACAACUGCAAAAACCACGAUACCUACAACAACUACCACAACUACUACCAUGGUUGCACCACCAAAUAUUACAUCGACGUCUGUGACAACAAAUAAGACAGCAAUUAAAACAGAGAGCACCCAUACAAUCUUGGCCGGAUAUACAACGACUAAAGAAACAACCAUGGCCACAGAUUCAAACUUACCCGAACCUACAACCACACACAGACCUAAAGCCACACACGAACCUACAACCACCGACAAAUUAACAACCACAGACGAGCCUACAACCACAGAAGAACCUACAACCAUACACAAACCUAAAACCACACACGAACCUACAACCACUGACAAAUUAACAACCACAAUCGAACCUACAUCCACAGACGAACCUACUACCACAGACGAACAAACUAAUAUAGAGAAAUCAACAACCACACACGAACCUACAAUAUCAGACGAGCCUACAUCAACUGACGAAUUAACAACCACAUACGAGCCUAUAACCACAGACAAACCUACACCCAGAUACGAGCCUGCAACCAAAGACGAACCCACAACCACAGAGAAAUCAACAACCACAGAUAAACCUACAACCACAGACGAACCCACAACCACAGAGAAAUCAACAACCACAGAUAAACCUACAACCACAGACGAACCCACAACCACAGAGAAAUCAACAGCCACAGAUAAACCUACAACCACAGACGAACCCACAACCACAGAGAAAUCAACAACCACAGAUAAACCUACAACCACUGGCAAACCCACAACCAGUGUCUUAUAUACAACAGCAGAUGAACCUACAUCCACAGACGAAACUUUAACCAUAGGCGAGCUUACAACCGCAGACGGUCUUACAACCUUAGACGAACCAACAACCACGCACGAACCGACAACCACGGUCAUAAUUACAACAACAUACGAACCUACAACCACAGACCAACCCACAACCACAGAAGAACCUACAACAACAGACGAGCCUACAACCACUGACGAAUUAACAACCACCGACGAACCUACAACCUCAAACGAGCAUACAACUACUUCAGACGGACCUGCAAUCACAGACGAACCCACAACCACACACAAACCGACAACCACGGUCAUAAUUACAACAACAUACGAACCUACAACAACACACCAACCUACAACCACACACCAACCUACAACCACACACCAACCUACAAUCAAAGACGAACCUACAACCACAGACCAACCCACAACCUCAGACGAACCUACAACCUCAGACGAACCUACAACCACAGACCAACCCACAACCACAGACGAACCUACAACCACAGACAAACCUACAACCACAGAUGUUAUAACAACCACGGUCUUAGAUGCAACAACCACCAAAACUACAACCGCGAUCACAGAAACAAACACAGCCGACGAUAUAACCACGGCCAUACAAACAAUAACUUUCACAACAACAACUACUACACCUACAGCUACCACACCUACAACUAUAACUACCACACCUACAACUACCACAACUUCAACUACCACACCUACAACUACCACACAUACAACUACCACACUUACAACUACCACACCCACAAAUACCACACUUAGAACUACCACACCUACAACUACCACACCCACAAAUACCACACUUAGAACUACCACACCUACAACUACCACACCUAUAACUACCACACCAACAACUACCACACCUACAAUAACACAAUAUUUCGCAUCACCCACAUCUACACUAUCUAGUACAAUCACACAAACGACCAUAAUUUAUCAAACGUCCACUGAUGCUGUAAUUUACAAGUCCACAAUACUGGCAGACACUAAAACUCCAACAAAUAUCUUUAAUACAUCUCCUCCCCCUUCAGUUAAGUUAACUAUACCAUCUCAAGCACCUCCAACUAUACCAAUAGACAAAGUGCAAAGUCGGAUCUCCAUAGAAUUAACGAUCAAAUUCAAUCAAAACUUUGAUGAGGGUCUGCUCAUCCCGACGUCAUCCAACUGA